GAUAUACUAUGUCUAUAGGUGUACUUCUAUGUACCCCCCUUAUCUCAGGGAACGAAUCGUUGACGCGUAGUGUACAACAUACUACACACAAGACUUCUCGCAUGUGUAUGUGUUUUGCACUGCAGCUAAAUCAUGGGAAAACAAUUCGGAAAUCUUGCCAAAAUUAAUGGCAUUGUCUUUUUCCGUCUUAGUCCAUAUGAACAAAAAGCCUUCAAGGGAAUAAUCUCCGAAGGUGUACCGAACUUGAUACGACGUUUCCAAGAUCGUGUAUUCCGUGUUGCACCUUUUUUCAUGUUUUCUUACUUGCUUGUAAGUUGGGCAAAGGAGAAGAAUGAUGCUUUUUCUCGCAAAAACCCCAAGGACUAUGAAAAUGAUACGUAAAAUAUAAGUGAAUAGAUUUUUAAGUUUAAUAAUGUAGACACAUCUAGAUAGUAUAUUGUAAAUUGCCAAUCAAUCUUCAGCAUUGAAAUAAAAAAAUAAACUAUUAAUAUAUAUAUUAGAAAAUA